UCUGCUUCCGCCACUCCCGCCCACCUGCAAAGCAGCUUCGGCGCCCAGUCUCUGAGGAGAGUCGGUCCGUAGUUAUGCCUGCGGUGAAGGUUGCAGAAGGGCACAACCAGACGGAGGAUAGCCCUGGAAGCGGGCCCCGCCCCUCUGGAACGCUGUAAGCAAAUCAGGUGACUGCCGCCGUAGUCGCCUCUGGAGGCAGAAGCGGGCGGAAGGGCUUCCAAAGCCCGACAUAUAAAGCUGGUAAAAGCAGAGCAGAUCUGGUCAGGUCCUGAGACGCUGAGUCCAGAGCAAUGUUGCUGAAGACAGUGCUCUUGCUGGCCUUGGUGGCCCAGGUGCUGGUGCUGGACAAUGGGCUCCUGCGGACGCCACCCAUGGGGUGGCUGGCCUGGGAACGCUUCCGCUGCAACAUUGACUGUAAGGAGGACCCAAAGAACUGCAUCAGUGAAUGGCUCUUCAUGGAGAUGGCUGACCGGCUGGCACAGGAUGGAUGGCGGGACCUGGGCUACGUGUACCUUAACAUCGAUGACUGCUGGAUUGGUGGACGUGAUGCCAAAGGCAACCUAGUGCCUGAUCCCAAGCGCUUCCCCAACGGCAUUGCCUUCCUGGCUGACUAUGUUCACUCCCUGGGCCUGAAGCUGGGCAUCUACGAGGACAUGGGCAGCUUCACCUGCAUGGGUUACCCAGGCACCACACUAGACAAGGUGAUCCAGGAUGCUCAAACCUUCGCUGAGUGGAAGGUGGACAUGCUGAAGCUGGAUGGCUGCUUCUCGACCCCUGAGGAACGGGCCAAGGGGUACCCCAAGAUGGCUGCUGCCCUGAAUGCCACAGGCCGCCCCAUCGCCUUCUCUUGCAGUUGGCCAGCCUACGAAGGGGGCCUCCCCCCCAAGGUGAACUACAGUCUGCUGGCAAACACCUGCAACCUCUGGCGCAACUAUAACGACAUCCAGGACUCCUGGAGGAGUGUGCUCUCCAUCCUGGACUGGUUUGUGAAACACCAGGACAUUCUGCAGCCAGUGGCAGGCCCUGGACACUGGAAUGACCCAGACAUGUUGCUCAUUGGGAACUUUGGCCUCAGCUUCGAGCAAGCCCGGGCCCAGAUGGCCCUGUGGACGGUGCUGGCGGCCCCCCUCUUCAUGUCCACAGACCUGCGUACCAUCUCCGCCCAGAACAUGGACAUUCUGCAGAAUCCACUCAUGAUCAAAAUCAACCAGGAUCCCUUAGGCAUCCAGGGACGCAGGAUUCUCAAGGAGAAAUCCCACAUUGAAGUGUUCAUGCGGCCUCUGGCCAACGAGGCCAGUGCCUUAGUCUUCUUCAGCCGCAGGACGGACAUGCCUUAUCACUACCACUCCUCCCUUGCCCGGCUGAACUUCACCAGCGCCAACACGUAUGAGGCCCAGAAUGUCUACACGGGUGAUGUCAUCAGUGGCCUCCGGGACACAACCAACUUCACAGUGAUCAUCAACCCUUCGGGGGUGGUGAUGUGGUACCUGUAUCCUGUCAGGAAGCUUGGGAUGCCCCAGCCAUGAGGAGCUGGCACAUAUGAUAGGCUGUGGCAGCACCACUGAGCCCAGACCAUGGUGGUUCCACGUGCUGAGGGCCAGGAGGUGGGGUUCUCUGCUACCCAGGCCUGCUCGGUGACCUGACCCCAUCAGACCCAAAGUGCAAUCCCAGGGCUAGGUUCUGUGCCCUGCCCGUGCAUGAACUCUCUUGGAAACUUGUCUUGGGUAAGUUUCCUGUAGCCUUUCUGACCCUCUACCUCACCCCAGAUGCACAGCCCCAAAUGUUGCUGAACAACUCAGCCAGCCUCCUGAGCCCCCACAGGCAGGGGCAUUAAUACCCAUCAGGACUCUAGCCUCUGACCUUCUUUUUGUUGACUUUGGAAUCAGGAUUGGGAAUUUUUCUUAUAAUUAGGCGAGGAGCUCUGACCUUUUGUCAGGAACUCCUAUGAAUUGUGUGAUUGACUUUCCUGCCCGGAGAAGGCCUUGCAGGCUGACACUGCCUGGGCGUGACCUUGGUCUCCUUGGGUCACCAAUAAAGCUGUUCUUUGGUCUA